GGCAGCGCCCGGCGGCCGAGCGUGCGCACUCGAUUGGUCGCGCCUGGCGGGGCAUCAUGGCGGCAGGUGCGGCGGCGGCGGUGGCGGCGGCGGCCGUGCUGGAAGCGGACUCGGCGCGCCGGUUCCAGGAGCUGCUGAGCCUCAAGGCCAAGUCCCUCCUUGUUGUCCACUUCUGGGCACCAUGGGCGCCGCAGUGUGCCCAGAUGAACGACGUGAUGGUGGAGUUGGCCAAGGAGCAUGCCCAAGUUUCCUUCGUGAAGUUGGAAGCUGAAGCGGUUCCUGAAGUGUCUGAGAAAUACGGCAUCAGUUCUGUUCCCACCUUCCUGUUUUUUAAGAAUUCGCAGAAAAUCGACCAGUUAGAUGGUGCCCAUGCCCCGGAGCUGGCCAAGAAGGUAGAACGUCACGCUGCCAGUGGUUCCUUCCCGCUGGGCGUCGAUGAGUCGCCCAAGGAGGCCCUGAACGCGCGUCUCAAGAAGCUCACGCACGCAGCCCCAUGCAUGCUCUUUAUGAAGGGGACCCCCCAGGAACCACGCUGUGGUUUCAGCAAACAGAUAGUGGAGAUUCUGCAAAAACACAAUAUCCAAUUCAGCAGCUUUGACAUCUUCUCAGACGAGGCAGUCCGCCAAGGGCUCAAGUCUUUCUCUAACUGGCCCACCUACCCCCAGCUCUAUGUCUCUGGUGAGCUUAUUGGAGGCCUUGACAUUGUUAAGGAACUAGAAGCUUCUGAAGAACUCGAGACCAUCUGCCUCAAAGUGCCCAAGUUAGAGGAAAGGCUGAAAGUCCUGACCAAUAAAGCCCCUGUGAUGCUUUUCAUGAAAGGGAACAAACAGGAAGCGAAAUGCGGCUUCAGUAGACAAAUCCUGGAAAUCUUAAAUGGCACUGGCGUGGACUAUGAGACCUUUGACAUCCUGGGAGAUGAGGAGGUGCGCCAGGGCCUCAAGAGCUUCUCCAACUGGCCCACGUACCCACAGCUCUACGUCAAGGGCGAGCUGGUCGGCGGGCUGGACAUCGUCAAGGAGCUGAAGGAGAAUGGGGAGCUGCUGCCACUGCUGCAAGGAGCCAGUGCCUGAGGCCGCUGAGCAACUCCAGAGUCAGCCCUGAUGGACUCGCGGAAAGUGUUCCGCAUCCUCAUCUUGUCAUUGUGCCACCUAAGUGUAUGUCACGUCACAUCUCUGCCACCCAAGUUCGGGCGCAAUAAACACCUUGAAGUCCCGUGGCCCCUGUCA